AUGCCACGUCGCGCCCACACCAAGUCCCGCUAUGGCUGUGACAACUGCCGCCGGCGCCGUGUGAAAUGCGAUGAACAGGGCCCACCCUGCACAAACUGCAUUCUACGUCGUCUGAAUAAUUGCAUAUAUUCGCGAGUGCUCCCCGCUUCGUUGCUGGCCAAUUCCCGCCGUAUCAGCCAACCCAGUAUCUCGCCCCGCGAAGACGUCGCGCACCUGAAUGGCUUCAGUCCCGAUUCUUUAACCCCCCCACUGAAGAAUCCCAAGGUCGAUGAGCUAGAGCUCAUGCACCAGUUUGCCACAGACACCUAUCGGAGUCUCUGCGUAAGUGAUGAUGAGAUUCGCACGUGGCAGGUUCUGGUGCCGCGGCUGGCACUGAAACACCGCUACUUGAUGAAUGGGAUUCUGGCACUAGCCUCACUACACAUCGCCUCCACACUCGAACCCGCCAAUGCGCUCCUCUAUAUCGACACGGGGCUGGAAUACCACAGCCUGAGUCUGGAGCCCUUUCGCCGAGCCAUCCAGAACUUGGCGCCGGAAAAUUGCGAUGCGGCUUUUGCUCACUCCGUCAUCACGACUGCAAUCAGUCUCGCCUUGCCGCAACUGACUAUGACGCGCGAGAACGCGGCCCGAAUGACAGAUAAUAUGACCACCGUCUUCGAGUUGCUUCAGGGUGUCAAAAAGAUCUUGACCAUCGGACAGUCGUGGAUCAAUCUGAAGCUGUUUUCGCAGGGCGCUUUCUGGAAAAACACAACAGCGACUCUAGAUGCGGAUACAGACACCGCGCUGAAUCAGCUUGCUACUUUGAAUGAACAGACUAGGGCGAAUGGCGACGAAAUUCAAUUCUCGAUUAAUAGCAAUGCUAUUGCCCAUCUCCGACAUUGUUUUACGAAAUUCGCGGCGUCGUCUGACCCUGCCCCGGUGCUGGCUUGGUUGGCGGCUGUGGAUAAGGGCUUUGUAGAUAGUCUACGGCGACGACAGCCUUUUUCGCUACUUGUUCUGGCGUAUUGGGGUCUGCUUCUUGCGGAGCUAAAUGGGCAGCGUUGGUGGGCCCUGAAUUCUGGGCGCGCGUUGGUUUCCGAGUUGCUCGAUGCAUUGAGCGCGGAGGAUCUGCUGUGGGAGAGCUGUCUGGGCUGGGUGCAGCAAAGCAUUGCAUCGAAAAGUGUUUGA